AUGGCAAUUUCCGAAAGUGAUUUGGCCGAUAUCAAGAAGUUGAGGGAGCUGGUCAAGGAUGAUGUAAGUGACAUUUUUUUAGAACUUUCUUUACAGGAUGUUUAUUUACAGAAGAAAUUUAAAAUCUUUACAACACAUAAAAGAAAAUUUUAAAUUUUUUAUUUUUUGCUACUCCUACCCUCCCCCCCCUAUCUUGCUCUUACUUCUACCCUAACCCCCCCCACUCCUACACUCACCCUUUCCCCGACCCUAUCUUUACUUUAUCCAUCUGCCAUACAUUUGAUACGUUUUAGCUCACCCCCUACUAUGACACUGACUUCAAUCUUCUCCGCUGGCUAAAAGGUCACAACCACAAUUUUAAUGAAAUCGUGCCAAAACUUAGAAAUCAUUUGACAUUUCGAAAAAGUCAUUGGGACUUGGACACGGCUCAUCAGAAGCCUAGAGACCACAAGAUCCACUCACAUUGGCAGGCUGGUUUAGGUGGACUGGCCAAAAAAACCCCAAAUACCUUUAUUAAUAUCGAACAAAGUGGCAGUAAUGACUACUGGGGCAUGUUGUACACCUACCCGCUUAAUGAAAUCAUGAAGGCUAGGGUUUAUGAUCUUGAGGUCAUGCUUCAUGAGGUCAUGGAGUUGGAAAAGAAAACUGGUAAGAAUUUUGUUUACAAUGCAAAAAAAAUGCAAGAACUUUCUUUACAAACUAAAAAAUGACAAGCACUUUCUUUCCGAAACAAGAAUUGGCAAGAACUUUCUAUACAAAACAAAAAAUGGCAAGAACUUUCUUUACAAAACAAAAAAUGACAAAAACUUUCUUUACAAAACAAAAAUGACAAGUACCUUAAUUCACAACCAAAAAAACGUAAAGUAUUUCUUUCCAGGUGAACAAGCCUCAAUAAUGUACAUAAUGGACCUUGAAGGCCUAAAAUACGACAAGAACCUCCUUCCUCUUCUAAGUGGAGCUCUAGCUUCAAUUUCCGCCUUUAUGUCAGAGCACUACGUCGAGAUGAUUCACAGUUUCGUACUCGUCAACGUGCCACAUUUCAUUAGUUUUAUUUGGAACAUUGCCAAGCCUUUGUUGCCAACUCGAACCCGCAACAAAGUUGUCAUUUUGGAUUCGAAUUGGAGGGAAGAGAUCUUGGAAAUGGCUGACCCUGAGGCAUUGCCGGCUUUUUGGAAUGAGGAGGGAAAAGAGGUAUGCUAGCCGGAUUUUUUUUCACAAUUUUUUUUAAGGUUGCUUUUGGUAUCUUUUUUGUACUUUUGGCAAAUUUUUGAUGCUUCUUUUUAUGGUACUACUGGUACUGCUGAAAAAUUUUUUGCUUUUUAAGCACACUGUUAGUACUAAUGGUACCACUAUUACAAAAAAAAACAAAAAAAAUUCAAUAAGCACUAGCCCUAACUCUAGCUAUACCCCUAGCUCGAUCACUAACUCUAGCCCUAGCCUAAGUCCUAGCCUAAGCCCUAGCCUAAGCCCUAGCCUAAGCCCUAGCCAAAGCCCCAGCCUAAGCCCUAGCCUAAGCUUAAGCCCUAGCCUUAGCCUAAGCCCUAAUCUAAGUCCUAACCUAAGCCCUAGCCUAAGCCCAAGCCCUAGCUCUAGCCCUAACCCUAUUCCUUAGCUUUACUUAAGACUUGCUCUACCUGACCCUACCUUUGUGUUGGCACUAAAAACCACACUUUUAGGUAUUUAAAGCGGACAUCAAGAAAGCAGUACCAUUCCCAAAAGAAGGAUACUACACAGGUGGACCACCAAAAGAUAGCCAGAUCUGUUAUGUCAAGGCUUCGAGUGUUGGAUCAAUUGCCGUAGAAGCUGAAAAAGGCCAGAAGCUUCAAUGGGAGUUCAGUGCUGAUGGCAAUUUUGCUUAUGGAAUCUACUUUUCAGAGGAUCCGAAGUUGGAAAAUGUCGAUUUAAUGACAGCCGUCUAUCCUAGGUUUAAUGCAAGUUUAUUAAAUGGCAAUAACUUUCUUUACAAAAGGAAAAACGGCAAGAACUUUGUUUACAAAACAAAAAUAGCAAGAACUUAGUUUACAAAAUGAAAAAUGGCAAAAACUUUUUUUACAAAACAAAAAAUGGCAAGAACUUUCUUUACAAAACAAAAAAUGGCAAAAACUUUCUUUACAUAUCAAAAAAUGGCAAGAACUUUUUUUACAAAACAUAAAGCGGCAAAAACUUUCUUUACAUAACCAAAAUUUAAAAAUUUUGUUUUUAGAAGGUCCCAGGCCCUACUUAUGUUCCAUUAACCGACUUUAUCAUUUGUCCCAAGACCGGAACCUAUCGUUUAUGGUUCUCAAAUCAACAUGCUUGGAUUCACACACUCAAAAUCCAAUACAAAUUCAAUGCGACCAACGAGGAAUAG